CAUUCGGUGAACUACCCCUAUCAGAGAAAUCAAUAGUCUCAACCCCCAUCCAACCACCUGAGCAUUUAUAUUAGUCUCCACCAUCCUCUGAAUCUGAAACUCAAGCCCCACAUUUGCUUAAACCUCACCACAGAAAUGGCUUUGGUUGUGGAAGACAAGCGUGCAGGUGCUGAGAUCGUGCAUGGAGCUGAAGAGUGUUACCAACAAUCCAUUGAUCUCUUGGAAGAGCUGGGUUUUCCCAAAGGUGUGCUUCCACUGAAAGACCUGGUGGAGUGUGGAAGAGUGAGGGAAACUGGGUUUGUGUGGAUGAAGCAGAAGGCGCCCUACGAGCACUUCUUUGUUGGGGCUAACACGAGAGUGAGCUACGCGACUGAGGUGACUGCGUAUGUGGAGAAGGGGAGGAUGAAGAAGAUGACUGGGAUCAAGAGCAAGCAGGUGUUUCUUUGGGUGCCUAUUACUGAGAUGAUCAUGGAGGAGCCGUCAACCAAGAAGAUCACUUUCAAGACUCCGAUGGGGAUCGGGAGGUCUUUUCCGGUGACGGCUUUCAUGACUGAGGAGGAGAAGCAGAAGUAUCUCGAGAAUGGUAACGAAGAGUGAAGUAAUUGGGAUCGAUGUCUGGUAUGGCAUGGUGGUUAGUUUCGACUUUGAGUAUUCAUGAAAUGAUGGUUCUGUCUUAACAAUUAAAAUGGGAGUCUAUGCAGACAUAUUAUGUUAAAUUUUCAUACUUGUAAUUCGGAUUUAUGAUUCUAUAUAUGAAUGCUAUUUUCGAGUUCACAGUUAA